AACAAUUACGAUAUUGUGGUUUCACACGCAAUAUAAAACAAAUAUCAUUUCUGAUAAGGGACAGGAAGUGUCAUAUAAAAGCCGAUAUGGCAACCUACUCAGAGAACAGACUAAUCUGCUAAUGUUUUCGUGAAAUUACCGACUCGCAUUUUUAAACAUUCAAUCGCUUUAAAAUUACGGGAAAUAUGAAAAAUGUCUAAACUUAUCGGACAAAUUCCGCAACGAUAGCUUACUCAAGUGUUUUAGAUCUAAAUGAAAAGAUAUGUUCGCUAAAGUUGAAAAAAAAAAGAAAAAAAAAAAAAAUUGGUGAUAGCGCACUCCACUUAAACGUUUCAGUAUUAUUUGUGCUUCAGUGAGAACGAGUCGUAUCCGUCUCGUUUCAUUCAUUUCUCUGCCUUCAGUUCAGGACGGAAGCACGCAAGCAUCCUAGACAUUAAGUGAAUUGAAUGUAAACAACGUAAAUUAUCUAUCCUAGCAAUCGCACGCCAGCUGUAUGGAUCACGUUCUCUUCAACAAGAAACUGCGACUCGUAUACGUGCUGCUUUUGUGUCUGCUGCUUGGUAUCAUUAUCCCGUACAUCAUUAGCUCCACGGCUUUCAAGAGUGAGGUAACCGUUAGCUAUGGCACCUGCGCUCUCAACGUAUCAUAUAGGUUCGAGUGCGUCCCCGGGCGGCUGGUGAUAGGCGAGGGCGAGUGCCACCAACUGGGAUGCUGCUACGACACGAACAAGCAGGACGACACGUCCGCCCCGGUCUGCUUUCACUCGAUCCCGCCGGAGUAUCGCUACGUGAUCGCCAACGAGACCGAGAGCAGCAAGCGAAUCUACAGGCUGAGCGAGGAGAGGAAGCUCGAUCUGUAUCUCGACAACCUGAAUGAAUACACGCCCUUCGGAACCAAGGCCUGGCCCCUCCGCGUCCUCAUCCAGCGGAAGAAGAACGACAUCGUCCGCAUCAAACUCUGGAACGAGGACUACAUCAAGGACACGAUGGACGACUUCCAGGAGGAGAGCUGCGUCGACGAUUGCGAGCUCGACGUCGAGGUCGACGCCACGGGAGGGAAGUUCAACAUUACCGUCCUGCGUCGCAAGACGAGGAAGCCCCUCAUGGAGACCAUCUUCGGGCCGCUGGUGUACGGCGAGGACUACAUGGAGAUCACGACGCGCAUCCCGACGGCGCACCUGUACGGCCUCGGCCAGCGCGAGCGGGAGACGUUCGAGCUGCUGCCCAACUUCGAGUACCGGACGCGCUGGACGCUCUUCAACCGCGACGGCGACUCUGGCGCCACCUUCGGCUCUCACCCCUUCUACAUGAACUUCGAGGACGACGGCAAGAUGUACGGCGUCUACCUGAGGAACUCCGCCCCCGUCGAGGUGGGGGUCCUGCCCAUCCCGGCGCUGGUGUUCCGGUCGGUGGAUGGGAUCUUCGACUUCAGGAUCCUCGCAGGACCCACGCCGAAGGACGUGACCGAGCAGUACACCUCCAUGGUGGGCUUUCCCGAAAUGCCUCCCUUCUGGGCCCUCGGCUACCACCUCUGCAGGACGACCCUCAACGAGACCGAGUACGAGAGCGUCGUCGACCGCAUGGUGUCCGACAAAGUGCCCUACGAGAGUGACUGCAUCGACGCCAGGCUGAAUUACCCCGACCCGUUCGCCGCCUUCAGCGACAGAACGCAGGAGAGGGUCUCCAGGAUGAAGGCAGAAGGGCGGAGGUUCUUCUUCGUCCAAUAUCCUUACGUCCCUGUCACGAGCGAUGCGUAUGAGGCUGUCAGCGGUGAGAAAUUGCUCCUGAAGCUCAACAACAGUCAACCUUACUACGGCCUGAUCGAAGACACGGUCGUCGGGUAUCCGGAUUACUGCAACGAGAACGCCUUUGCCAACUGGCUGAACAAAACUGGCAUCCGGGGACUUUACGCGAACGCCGACGGGGUCAUGCUUCUCCAAAACACGCCACUCAACACCGCUAUUAUGAACUACUCCCUUUGGCUCGACACCAACGGAAGCGCCUGCAACGCCACCCAACCCGAGGCCUGCUGUCCCUCUGGCCAACGCCAAUUCAUGCCCUCCGGCCUCCGUGACUUCAACGAAGGCACGGUCUGCUCCGAGGCACGACACACCAGUAAGGACGUGCCGAGUCUUCAGCUGCAUAACGCGUACGGCCGCUGUCACCAUGGACGCGUGCACGAUUUGAUGAAGGACCUGAACCCGAACAAACGCUUCAUGGUGACCAGCCUCUCCACCCACCCAGGCAGCGGCACUCUGGGCGGGCACUUCGGCGGGGAGUACCCAGCUGAUUUCGUGGCACAGCGCAAGAGUCUGACGCAAAUGCUGGAGAUGGGGCUCUAUGGAGUGCCAUUAGUGGGGGUGCCUGUCUGCGGCAACACUAAUGGGUCCAGCGAACUGAGAACAGAGUGGUGUCUCCGGAGUCACCAAUCCGCUGCUUUCUGGCCGCUGAUGAUGAGUCACUACGAGGAGGGACAGACGCCUAGGAAUCCACCCAACUUUGAGAGUGGCUUCAGCGGGCAGCUCGCGUACUUCAUUCGCCAAAGGUACAUGAUUCUCCCUUACCUGUACACCCUGUUCCACGAGGCAGCUCAGCGGGGCACCCCUGUUCUGCGUCCUCUGUUCUACGAGUUCCCUGAGGACUUAGGUUCGCGCAACAACGCAUUCCAGUUUAUGCUUGGCGACGCCCUUUUGAUCACGCCCGUCUACAGUUCCCUUAUGGGUUCCACGAGCGUUCAAGUCGACGCCCAUUUCCCACCCGCGUCGUGGUAUGACUUCUACACAGGGAGUCUGGUAUCGAGCUCAUCCACAGGGGAAAACUUGGUACUUUCUACUCUUCUCACGGACGUCAAUGUGCAUGUCAAGGGAGGGACCGUCGUGCCGAUGCAGGGCAACCUUCAUGACUUCAUCAGAACCACCGAGGACCUGCGCAAGAUGCCCUUCCACAUCCUGGUCGUCCUCACCACCAACGUCACGACCGCUGAACCUACGACCACCCCCGCUGCUACGACCGACUCGGGAUCGUCGACGGAAAACCCAAAGGACGUGGGAGGGGGACAGGAUACGAUUUAUGCAAAGGGUCGCUUGUACUUGGACGAUGGCGUAACCCCCUUGAGCCAGAUCCCAGCGGCCCACGACCUUGACUUCUCCGCCGAAGCUGGUCGUUUCGUCCUCACUUCGAAGGGCAACGGCUGCGGGAACAGUGCCAUGAGUCAGUACAGUUCGACGGUGGAUAUUAUCAGGAUCUUUGGGGCUCCGAAAGUGACUGAGGUGCAAGUGAACAACGUUGGAUAUGAGCAUUUCACGCAAGAUUACGACACACUGGCAAUUCUCAUAACGAAGCUGAACUAUGACUGGUGUACAGAGGACCAACUCACCGUUACAUGGUAGUAAACCAACUACGAGUUAGAUUAUGUUAUGACGGGUUUUGAGCCUAUAGUUAGAGUUAAUGUUAAUGGUCAUGCAUUGGUGAUUUUUACUAUGCAUGAAUUUGGUGAUUUUCGUGUGGUAAGAAUGUGUUUAUCUGUUGUAUGAUUCUAGAAUAUGUAUAUUUCUUAUAUGUGCAUAUAUAUAUAUAUAAUAUAUAUAUAUAUAUAUAUAUAUAUAUAUAUGUGUCAGUAUAUCUAUAUAUCUUAUAACACACAUACAAGCACAAACACACAAACAAACACACACACACGCACGCACACACACACACAUACACACAAACACACACAAACACACACACACACAUCAUCUAUCCAUAAACACAUUGAAUAACGAUUAGGACUAAAUAGUUGAAAUGAAUAUGGAUAGAAAUAUAAAAUAUAGUCCUGAUACUUAAGUACUAAUUACAAUAUGAUUUCCUAGGGAUUGUUUGUAUCUAAAGUAGCAUGGUCAUCAUAUCAAGCUGAUGAAAAAUAUAUUCAUGUAGGAUGUGAUUCUGCUGUUUCUGAUUUUGAGUAUAUAACCAUAUGUCAGAGAAAGGCGUAUUUUUAGAUUAAAAACUGUCUGUCUAUCUGCCUGUCCAUAUGUCAGAUUAUCUAUCGAUAUGUCUACCUCUCCAUUUCACUGUCUAUCUCUUUAUUUAUAUAUCGCUAUGUCUACAUAAAUAGUUUACCAACAUAAAGUAUUUAAUUCAGAACUUUCAGUUGAUGGUUGCCAAAGGUAUAUUCUGAUGCUGUUGUAAUAUGAAAGGUUUCUUUCCUAAAUAAAUACUUGGAAUUA